UUGUAUCCAGAGCCGUAAAACACAUAAUAAAAAAAAAACGUCAAAUUUAAAAAAUAUUUAAAACAUGUCGCCGUUAUAAAUAAACAGUACUGUUUUGUUAAACUUGUUCAAAUUAAAAUAUAAUUACUUAUUAAUUCGUUAACUACAAUCUCGCCUGCAGCAAUGAGUGACAAGAAAAAGGCUUUGCAGGCUCACAAGGAGAAGUUACUCGCCGAAAUUCGUUAUUAUGACAAGAGAAUUGAGGAAUUUCGGACCAAAGGGAAUUCUAGUUUCGUAAACUAUGAGUGUAGCUCAGAUUCCGAAGAUGACUAUCAAAUCAAUAUGGACCUUGGUCCUUCAAUAUCAGAGCUCAAAUUAGAACAGACACAGCUGAGGACGCGUCUGCAAGCGACACAAGAGCUGACCAGCCUGCAGAUCCUGCAGUCAGAGGUCAAGGUAUUGGUGGCAGACCCUGAGAUUACGAGUGGUCGUUCAGUCAUGGAGGAGGGAGUGUGGCGUGAGGUGACAGCCGAGUGCCGCGUCGACAUGGUGCCGUUUACCAUAAUUUUCUACGUCCACAAGCCUAACCGCAAAUUUGGUGCUUAUACGUACAGAGAACUCCGCGUCUCAGUCGUUAAGUCGGCGCAUGAGAGGGAACUCGCAUCUUCUGUUUUAGAGUCUGUGAAGCAGCCCAGCGAUGCUGUGGAGGUUAUCAGAAGUUACUCAGCAGCUCACCGCUCGAGAAGGACCACCCUGGCGCGACUAGCAGAGAAGUACGCGGGUUCUUUGUUCAUGGAGCCAAUGGUUGAUGGUGGGUAUACAUUAAAAUGUGCUGAUCUACUUGAGGUCUCGUGGGUCCUGCAAAAUAGGUCGCGCGUCGGACCCUUCCAGCACCGGAUGAGAUUCGAUCUCGAGUAUAUGGAUGAGUCAUACAUAAAAGCAAUCUCACAAGUCCACCGGCAGCUGUCCGACCCAACAAUUAGUACGGACGAACGCACAUUGCUAUUAGCUAAAAUAAUCAACAUAGUUCUCGAAGCGAAAGGACCAACACAAGAGUUGUACGAGAGCAUGGAAUCAUCUGACCCGGAAACAGCUAGUAGACUUAGGACCCGGCGCACAACUUUAGACCAACCGGAACCGGUAUCUCAAUAUCCGGUACUGAGAGAGAAAAAGGACAAUGAAGUUAUGGCUCCACCUAAAUCUCUGCCCAAGAAAGUUAAGAAAAAUAAACAUAAUGCAAAAGAUUUAGGUAAAGAUGGCGCUGAUGAUAAUAAAUCUGUAACAACUGAUGAAGAAGAUAGAACUGUAACAGAGCGAGUUAUGAAGUCUGUUAAUAAACAUGUUGCAGAGAAUUCGGUAAAAGAUACAGAAAAUAAACUGAAAGAAAGUGCUAAUGUUGUGAAGAAAAGUAAAACAGUAAACACUAUUGAUAAUGGAAAAGCGAACACGGGUAAAGUAACGGGAAAAAACGAGGUAACUAAAAGUAAAGGUAAAGAAAAUGCAGUUAAUGCUAAAACAUUGAAAAAAGCAGGUAAUACAAAAGGCAAAGGUGAUGGUAACAUUGAAAAUGAAUUAAUUGUUGAGAGUAAUAAUAAACAGGUACAAAAUAAACACAACGCAAAUGCUGUUGAAUCAGGAAAUAAGCCUGAUAAGAUAAAAGAAAAAGGUCAUAAUGUUAACGAUGAAGUUAUAAGCAAAUCUAAAAACAAUCGUGUAGAGAAUAAAAAAGAUGGAAGUGAAGGAACAAAGAAAAAUGUAAACAGAGCAAAUGUUGGUGAAAAUGAAGUAUCUACCAAAACUAAAACUAGUAACGUACAAAAUAAAAAAGAGGGAAAAUCUGUGAAAACUGUCAAACAAAAUGAUAAAGCAGAUACUAAUCGAGAUGGAAAUACAAAUAAAAAUAUUGAUAACAUUGAAAAUAAAAAAGAUGCAAUUGCAGGCAAAAAGACUAAGAAUCCAGAGAACCAUAGAGAUAAAGAUAAAAUAAACAGUAAUGCAGAUACAGAAAAUAAUGCUAAAAAAGAAGUUAACAAACCGUUAAAAAGAUUAAAUAGCGACAAUCAAGUCCAGAACGCGAAGAAAAUUAAAACUGGGCAUUUACCAGAAAAUGAUAAAAAUCGAAAUAAUAAAGUAGAAAAAAAGGAAAGUGACAAAGCUACCUCAAAUGUUAAAACAGUAACAAAAAACACAGAAAAUAAAAAAAAAGUACCUGAAAAGUUAAACGACAAUAAAAAUAGCAAUUCCGCAGAUACUAUUCAACCAAAAAACUUAGAAAAUAAGAAUAAAAUUAGUGUAGCCAGUUCAAAAAACGAAACCACAAUACAGAAAGUUGUAGAGAAAAGUAAACUUGCAAAAAGUAAUACAGUUGAUGUUAACCAGAAAUUCAAAAAUAAAAACUAUCAGAAUGUAAUUAAUAAUAAAAAAACCAAUGUACUCACAAAAAUAGGUAACGAAAAUAACAAAAAUAUAAAAAAUGGAAUUGAAAAAGUUAAAGGCAGUGUCAGUGCUUUAACUAAGAUAGGGAAUGGAGUGAAGAAAAUUAACUCAAAAAUACCUCAAAAAGCAAACCUCAUGUUGCAAGGAUUUUCAAAGAAAAGUCACUUAAGAAUCAGCCCAAGAAAAACACCGUCGAAAUUCAAAAUGACUUCAAUACAGAAAUUAAGCAAGAUGCCAGUACAGAAGUCCACCUCGAGUAUACCUAGGCUACUGAAGAAAAUUGAUUAGAUUUUCCAAAUUAUUAAUAACUGGCUGCCGAGCUGCCAGAGCUGCUGAGCCGCGCAACUUUCUACAUCACACUUACUGAACAUUUAUCAUUAUUUAUAUAAUAUAUUUUUAAAAUUUAGUCUAUGUGUUCUGAUAUAUAAGCUAUAUUACCAUAAAGUUUCACUAAACUCCAUUCAGUAGUUUAUUUGUGAAAGACAAACAUC